AUGAAAGACUAUGUAAAUUUUAGCACCAGACAAUUUGCAAGACAUAUCAAAAAAUCUGAAGGCCAGAAAAUUCCUAAAGUUGAGUUGCAAAUAUCAAUUUAUGGAGUGAAAAUUCUAGAACCCAAAACAAAGGAAGUUCAACACAAUUGCCAGCUUCAUAGAAUAUCAUUUUGUGCAGAUGAUAAAACUGACAAGAGGAUAUUCACUUUCAUAUGCAAAGAUUCUGAGUCAAAUAAACAUUUGUGCUAUGUAUUUGACAGCGAGAAGUGUGCUGAAGAAAUAACUUUAACAAUUGGCCAAGCAUUUGACCUGGCAUACAGGAAAUUUCUAGAAUCUGGAGGAAAAGAUGUUGAAACAAGAAAACAGAUUGCAGGGUUACAGAAAAGAAUUCAAGACUUAGAAACAGAAAAUAUGGAACUGAAAAAUAAAGUACAUGAUUUGGAAAACAAGUUAAGAAUAACUCAAGUAUCAACAUCUCCAGCAGGCAGCGUGACACCUAAGUCGCCCUCCACUGACAUCUUUGAUAUGAUUCCCUUUUCUCCAAUAUCACACCAGUCUUCGAUACCCACUCGCAAUGGUACACAGCCGCCUCCAGUACCUAGUAGAUCUGCUGAGAUUAAACGGGACCUGUUUGGAGCAGAACCUUUUGAUCCAUUUAACUGUGGAGCAGGAGAUUUCCCUCCAGAUAUUCAAUCAAAAUUAGAUGAGAUGCAGGAGGGGUUCAAAAUGGGACUAACUCUUGAAGGCACCGUAUUUUGUCUCGACCCAUUAGACAGUAGGUGCUGAUGUCAAGAACAAGAGACCCUGAUUCAUGUUAAAUUUGUCUAUAUGCAUAUAUGAUUCAUUAUUACUUUAAGAUAGGUAUUAUACAUGUGCCCAAUAUAUUUUUGAAUAUAUUAAUGUUUUGAAAAUUAUUUCAGUAAAAUGUCUUCAUUUUCACAAUUGAUCUGUAAUUUUUAUUUUAAAAACAACUUGCUGUAAAGUGUAUCAUACUUUUAGUAUCCUUUCUGUUUCUGUGGUAGAUGAAUUUAUAAUUGAAAGACAAAUUAUACAAAUACCUGCCUUGUGUGUGAGUUCUAAAUAAUUAGCAUCUUGAAAUUUGAAUCCAUUUUCAAGGCUGCUAGUUUAUUGAUUUCCCGAAAGCCAUACCUUAAUGAUACUUUUUAAAAUUCUGAAGAGAUAUAUUAAUGCCAAACUAAACACAUUCUGUUUUCAAAUAAUAAACAUGUUGCCAUUCAUAGACAGAUACCAUUUUAUGUAUAAAAUGCUGCUCAUGUCAUUCAGAAAAUGUUAACUUUGAAUAUAAUGCCACCAGGUCACUAAGUUUUAGCAGGUAAAAUAACAAGCAUAUAAAUUCCAAUAAUAAUUAAACCAAUGUAUUUAGAGUAUUUAUUAAAUAUUAGUAAAUGCAAAGUGAUAAUGUUAGUUAUUAUCAGUUAUACUCUAAAUAUUUAAGUUUUUUCAUGAAUAAAGAUUAUGGAAAAAUAAUGAAAAUCUGCUAUUUACAAAAUCUUAGGAUUUUAUUUCUAAUGAGAUAAGUUAUAUUACUAUAACAUCUGAACAUUAUCUGACCUCAUAUUCCUAAAAAUCAUUUGGAAUAUAUGCUGUUUAUGGUUGCAAUAUCUAUCACCCAUCUUUACUUUACCAAAUAUAUUUGUUCUCCCUAAAUAGGUAUUAUCCUUCUGAUAGUUUCUUCUUUGAUAAAGAUAUUUUCUCACCAAAGUUUAUUUUGCGAUGCCACACUAAUUUUCAUACUUUAACAUCUAUGGCAACUAUUCUAUACUAAUUAUCAAUCUUACUUAGCAAAUUUGAUUUGAAUUCGUUUUGUUGAAGUCAGAAUCUCAUUUUUCACAAAAAUCAAGUUGCUGCUCAGUUUAGUCUUGAACAUGAGCAAUAAAAUUCUCUCGUACCUCAUUCUUAAUGUGCUGAUGAACCCUAACCUUUAAAAGCAACAUUUGUUUUCUAUACUUUUGCCCAUUAUGUAACAGAAUAAUUUGUAUUCAGUGCAACAAAACUUUCUGAUGAAAAUUUCUAAUUUGGUUCAUUACAUUAUGAGAAAAAUAAAUGAAUAAAAAUGUGGGCUUAGAUUGGGGUAGCCGUCAAAAAUAGAUUUUUCUUUUACUCGUGGGAAUUUUCUUCAAGUGCUAAAGGUACAUUUCCAUUAGGAAAAGAAAUCAAAUACACUUAUGCAAUAUUAUGUUUGUGUGUAUCUCCAUAAUGUUGAAUGGUAUAUAUGAGUCUUCUUGUGUGUUUUCCUUUAUCUGCUACAUUGUGUCUUAAUUAGAGGGCGAUAUAUGUUUCAUAAAGAAGAGUCUUUAUAAUUUUGUUUGUCAUAUAGUAUUUUGGAAUUUGUAUAAUGAGGAUGUUUAGAAGCCCUAUAAGUGGCUUUUUUUAACAGAUAGAUUUGUAUUUUUAUUGUACUUUAAAAAGAUUUAUGUAAUAGGUAUAUAUUUAGUGACCAUUUAUUAUCAAUGGUAACACACUAGAGUACUAAGAUGGUAUUUGCACAUUUAAGAUACGUUACUUUACCAAUUUUUAAUGGUAAUCAAUUCUGCUACUGGCAUGAUUAAAUAGUACAUAAUUGGUCAUUAAUGAUGAACAUUUUAUUUCUCCAGUGCAUUUUUAUGAAGAUCUAGUUGAAAAUUGUAUUUCUAUGUAAACACGAUAAUAUGUUUGAUUUUGCUGAAAAUAAAUGAUUUUAAAUAAA